AUGAGUGCUUACGACGAGAAAGCGAGAGCCUCCGAGGUUGAGGAAGAGCACCCCGCGGCACCAGCUGCGGCUGGUGCCGGUACGGGUAUCAACUCAGCGUCAACGGUACUAGCCGAUGCGGUUGCCAGCCAAAAGCCCAAUCCAUGGUCUAAAAACAUGAUCAAGCUCUACUUCAUCAUGGGGAUUGGAUACCUUGUGUCCACAAUGAACGGCUUCGACAGCUCUUUGAUGGGCGCCAUCAAUGCCAUGCCGGCUUACCAGGAGAGCUUUGGCCUCAAAGGCGAGCACUCUGCUACCGGAAUUGUGUUCAUCAUCUACAACCUGGGUCAAAUUGCCGCCUUCCCGUUCUGCGGCAUGUUGGCGGACGGACUUGGGAGGCGGCUUUGUAUUUUGAUCGGCUGUUUCAUAGUCCUCGUCGGCACCGCUAUCCAGGGUUCUGCUCAAAGCUUGGGUCAAUUCAUGGGUGGGCGAUUCGUCCUCGGUCUAGGUGCUGCAAUUGCCUCAGCUGCCGGUCCGGCUUACACCGUUGAGCUGGCCCACCCGCAUACCGCGGCUUUAUGGCCGGAAUGUAUAACAACUUCUGGUGGCUUGGAAAUAUUUUGGCAGGCUGGACCACUUACGGCUCACACAAGCACAUGA